AUGUUCCGCCUGCCAAUCUCACACAUUCUCGUCAAGAGCACCCCAGAUUACAAUGCGUUUAUUGCAAAAGGCGUGAAGCCACUCCACAGACUUAUUUGGCACCGCCAGGUUCCACCGUUCUGGAAACAACACACAGACCAGCCGGAGAAUAAAACCCAGCUUGAUGACUUUAUGAUGGAGGUAAAAGUUCUCACUACGAUCCCAUCAGUUUUUUGA